AUGUCAACUCCAGCCAGAAGAAGAUUGAUGAGAGAUUUCAAGCGUAUGAAAGAAGAUGCGCCACCAGGACUUUCAGCCUCUCCACUACCUGAUAACGUUAUGGUUUGGAAUGCUAUGAUCAUUGGUCCCGCCGAUACACCAUAUGAAGAUGGUACAUUCCGAUUAUUGCUAGAAUUUGGAGAAGAUUAUCCGAAUAAACCACCACACGUGAAAUUCUUAAGUGAAAUGUUUCAUCCUAAUGUAUACGCUAAUGGUGAAAUUUGUUUAGAUAUUUUACAAAAUAGAUGGACUCCAACUUACGAUGUUGCAUCGAUAUUAACUUCUAUUCAAAGUUUAUUUAAUGAUCCAAAUCCAGCAUCCCCAGCUAAUGUAGAGGCUGCAACUUUAUUUAAAGAUCAUAAAUCUCAAUAUAUUAAAAGAGUAAAAGAAACCGUUGAAAAAUCAUGGGAAGAUGAUAUGGAGGAUAUGGACGAUGAUGAUGAAGAUGAUGAUGACGACGAUGAUGACGAAGAAGAUGGAGAAUAA